UUGAAAUAUCGGAAGGAUUUUGUUUUUACACGAACCAAGUCUACUGUUAUUAUCCGUUAUCUGGUUAAAAUAACUUACCAUUUCAGAUGAAAAUAGUAUAACUCAAUUGGUGGUAGCUUUUGAUAUUUCAUGAUUUGGUAUUUUUUGUUGAAUCGUUGUAUUAACAAGCUACUGUCGCUGGUUGAGUUUACCGAUGCCACCUUGCCCAGGCUAGUGACUGUUACAGUAGGUUAAUACCGCGGUUAGCUACAGAGCUAACAGAUUCCCGGCAGCAUCUCCAGACAUAAAGAAAAAGCUCCUAAUCAAUCAACUGAUCCUGGUACAGUUACCUAACGUUACCUUUUCUUGCUUUCAGAUAAGCUAGCAAAAAGCAAUUAGCUUGCUAGCCUAAAACAAAUCGUAUGGGGUGUUGAUUUGGAAGCUAAGGAAGCUUAACUAGCAAGUUAUAUCCCCCUCAUGGCAUAUACUUUUACGCCCUACUGACUUGAAUUCCUUGGAGGAGGAGGGUUGGCUGAUUGCCUCUGUGUGGUGUGCAGCUAGCUAGUUAAAAACAAUGGCUGGCAUUCAUGCUGAAUGAAGCAAGACAUGGGACCCUGCUGCUGGACUUUAGCUGAAUCCCCUGGAGGAAAGACAGCGGCGGACCUGCCUUGUUGUGAUCCGACUCUGAGAUGAUUUGGUUAAGAAGAACAGCCCUCAGCAGCAGCGUCCCCAGUCGAUUCAACCCGCACUGAAAAGAAGGUGCCCCUCCCGUAUGGACGUGUGUAAACCCAACCCCAACCGUACGGCCCCAGUGAGUGAGGCUGGGCCCCGGCGGGACCUGCCUCUGUGCUCCAGGACCAAUGGGUGGAGCUGGCCUCCACACCCCUUCCAGCUCCUGGCAUGGCUCCUCUACCUCUUCUUCGCUGUCACCGGGUUUGGAGUGUUUGUCCCUUUGCUCCCCUCCCACUGGAUCCCUGCUGGCUACAUUUGCACGGGCAUCAUGUUUGUGUGUCACCUGUUCGUCCACCUGAUGGCGGUCUCCAUCGACCCCGCGGACUACAACGUCAGGGCCAAGAGCUACCACGGCCCCGUGCCCGUGUUCGACCGCACCAAACACGCCCACGUCAUCGAGAACUGCCACUGCUACCUCUGUGAAGUAGACGGCCAGGCAGCAGUGCUGUGUCACUGCAGGUGGCUCAACAACUGUGUCGGGAGCCGGAAUUACUGGCUCUUCCUAAACAGUGUGAUCUCUGCUCUGCUGGGUAUAUGCCUGGUGGUGGUCAUCGCCAGUUACAUCUUCAUCGAGUUCUUCUUGGAUCCCUCAAAGCUGCGCACUGAUAAACACUUCCAAGUGAAGAAUGAGACGGUGGUAUGGUUUGUUUUCCUGCCCGUGGCUCCUGUCUCCACAGCAGGACCAGCCAUCCCUGCCCUGGCUGGCCUCACCAUCGCCCUGGGCCUGCUCUCUGGUCUGCUGCUGGGGCAUCUACUCUGCUUCCACUUCUACCUCAUGUGGAACCGUCUGAAUACCUAUGAGUACAUUGUCAGACAGAGGCAUCGCCAGGAGCCCAGAGACCUCAGUAAAGGAGGACAGGGGACCCAAGCAGCGCCUCCUAAAUCCAACCUCAUCAAGGAUGUAAGCUACUCGGGGACUCUGGGCUAUACCAACCCUGAGAUGGAGGUGGAGGAUCCUACCACCAUGGCUGCAGCGCGGGGGGGGCUAGAGUACUAUGGCAACGGCAGAGUUCAUAGUUCAUCCAGCAGGAUGGUCGAAGAGGAGCAGUUACCCACCGUCUCUACUGAGCACAGAGCUGCACCACGGAAACACAUCCAGAAGAAAAAGAGGAAAGUCCACAAAGUGCCAGCGGAGGUGAUCAACGACCGUUCCACUGAGACCAGCAGCAACAGAGACCCAGCCUUCAACACUACAGAACCUGUAGACUCCUGCAGUGUAACUCCAGUCCCCACGUCCGUGUCCCACCUGUCCAGCUCCCUGAGCCAGCACCUCUCCUUCCCCCUGCGGGCCUCCCAGCCCCCCACUAUCUCCCUACAUCCUGGUCUCCAACCUGACCCCGUGCUGCCCGCCGGGCCCCCUGCUGAGUAUCACUCUGACUCUGCAGAGUCCCUGGAGGAGAUCCCCGUGGCGUUGGCACGACUGGGCACCUCCGCCGCGGCAGGACCGUCUACGGGUAGGACUGCAGCGUCUGGGUCGUCUUCUCAACGCUCUCUACUGCUGCCUGCAGCCCGACCCCAUCCCUCGCCCCAGCCCCGGACCAAGAGGAAGUCCUCCGCACACAGCAGCAGGACAGGGGAAGGGGGGGAGCAGAGGUUUGAGAUGGCCGCCCAGCCUCCUACGGUCUACGUCAGUAGGAGUAGUGGACAGCCGGGGGGAGGAGCCCAGCACCGGGACAACAAACACAGCAGCAGACAGGCCAGUAGGAGAGGCCUGGAGCAGCCUGGUCCUGGGUCCAGCUCCAACCAUAGCUCCAGGGCAGGCACCCCAAUGGCGUAGACUAGCUCCCCCAGGAUGGACCACUGCACCCUGGGCCCCAGGAUGGACCACUGCACCCUGGGCCCCAGGAUGGACCACUGCAUCCUGGGCCCCAGGAUGGACCACUGCAUCCUGGGCUGGAGGGCUGGCUGGCUGUCUGACUGGUUGGCUGCCUGACUGGCUGGUUGGCUGGCUGACUAGCUGGCUGGCUGACUAGCUGGCUGUGUAACUGGCUGGCUGGCAGGCUGACUAGCUGGCUGGCUGGCUGACUGACUAGCUGGUUAUGUAGCUGGCUGUCUGUCUGACUGUCACGUUGUUACCUUGAUGACUAGGAUACACUGCUUUUGAUAGAGAGAAACAAUCCCUGAUGUAGCGUUGUGUCGAUACAACCUAUGAAACUAAAUAACUCAGCAGAACAGAAUGGACUGUCUGUCUGUCUGACUGUCUGACUGACUGACUCUCUGACUGACUGUCUGUCUGUCUGACUGACUGUCUGUUCUGCCUGGAAGAGCCUUGAUACCACAGUCUCCACUAUGAUUACAUCCCCAAUGGCACCCUGUUCCCUAUAUAGUGCACUACUUUAGACCAGGACCCAAUGGCACCCUGUUCCCUAUAUAGUGCACUACUUUAGACCAGGACCCAAUGGCACCCUGUUCCCUAUAUAGUACACUACUUUAGACCAGGGCCCAAUGGCACCCUGUUCCCUAUAUAGUGCACUACUUUAGACCAGGACCCAAUGGCACCCUGUUCCCUAUAUAGUGCACUACUUUAUACCAGGACCCAAGCACCCUGUUCCCUAUAUAGUGCACUACUUAAGACCAGGACCCAAUGGCACCCUGUUCCCUAUAUAGUGCACUACUUUAUACCAGGACCCAAGCACCCUGUUCCCUAUAUAGUGCACUACUUUAGACCAGAGCCCUUAGCUCAUAGGGUUCCAUUUGUAAUGCGUCCUAUAUGAUUAAAAUCCCCACAACACUAAAUGUUA